AAGUUUUCCUGUUUUAAUAUUGGGUGACUACGACCCCAGUAAAACCAAAGUCCUUCACUUCAGUAUGAACCCAGCAAGCCUGGCCAAGCAGCAGCGGAAAGAAGAGCAGCAACAACUCCAGGAGGAGUGUGAGAGGCUGAGGGAGCUGGUCAGGGUGCUGGAAGGAGGAGGCUCCAUCUCUGAUAACCCUGAGGGGGUUGGAAGCUUGCAUUCGCCGCAAGAAAUUGCAGAGCUUAAGAAGCAAGUGGAAAGUGCAGAACUGAAAAACCAGCGGUUGAAAGAGGUUUUCCAAACCAAGAUCCAGGAGUUUCGCAAGGUGUGCUACACACUGACUGGGUACCAGAUUGACAUCACUACGGAGAACCAGUACCGGCUCACCUCCAUUUAUGCUGAGCACCAAGGGGAUUGCUUGCUGUUUAAAGCCUCCAGCUCCUCCGGCGGGAAGAUGCAGCUUCUGGAAACUGAAUUCUCUCGCACUGUCCGGGAACUCAUCGACCUCCACCUGCUGCACCAGGACAGCAUCCCAGCCUUCCUCAGCGCUGUAACCCUAGACCUGUUUAGCCGUCAAACCAUGGCAUAAGCCGGGCUGGUCCAGAGCCAUUUAGCCUUGUGCCCUACACAUGUGGAUCACAAUCAAAUACGACUGGCCUCGCACCGCAGGGAUUUGUGAGCUAACCAAACCAAACGCUUUCAUGUUUCGCCUUCUGUUGCGCUGGGCUCUUCUCAUUUCUGUUGAAGUCCCCUCCCUCACCUUCCCCAAACACUUCUUAUGAUGGUUUGAGGAAACAACCAAGAGUUAUUUUCUGCUUUCUCCUGAGCUGGAGUUCCUCUUUCCAUCACCUAUAGCCCAAGGUCCAGAUGCCCUUUGACAGUACUGGGUCCAACCCCAAAGACUGUUUUUUUUUAUGUUGGCUUUAAUAACCCAGUCUGCCUCCUCUAGAGUCUCUGAAAGCUGCCACCUUACCAGAGACGUACUGGUAGUCAAAGGCAAGUGUCGCUCCAUCCCACGUUUCCCUUUUUCCAGCUGACCCCUCUCCCUUUAUGAACAAGCCCUUUUAUGAAUUCAUCAGCCUUUUAGGUCUCAACAGGAGCUGUUACAGGGACACAUGGGAGAGUUAGUUUUGGGGAGCUCACAGCUCCUUGAGUCCCAGCUUCUUCUAUGAGGGUCCCACUAACUUAGGUCUCAGCUUCGUUGAGUAUCAGGCACUUCAGAGAGAGAACAGAUGAAUGUGAGCUUUGGGAGAGCUGACAGCUUCCUGCUCCUCACAAUUACAGAUUUACUACCCACUGAUGGAGGUUCAGGACUGGGGGCACUGGAGCCAUGGGUUGCAGAGUCUUCUUAGAUACUGCCCAGUCCUGCUGCUCAGUAGGGAUUGAGAUGAAGAAGACAGCAGAAUGUAAUGGGAUUCAGGACCACAGACUUCCUUAGCUACAGUCCCUCAGUCAUCACAAUUCGGCAGGUAAAGUACAAAUGUAAAUAGACUUCCUAUGAGCCCCAUCCCUGUGCAGAGCUCAAGAAAUGUACUCCCAUGACAUCUUUCUUGCUUGGACUCAAGGGUGCCUAGUUAUCUUCAAAAUGCAGGAAAAGGAGCAGGCAAUGGAAGCUCUCUUCAAAAUUUACUGCAAUGCUAUUUAGUCCGCUGGUACCUACUUGUGUUGCUGUGUGCAAUCCUUCUUUCCCCAGUAUCCUCACAUUUGCUCUCCUGACUGCUGUGGAUGGAUCAUUUUAUGAAUGUGGAUGUUUUGUACUGCAAUAGGGAUCUGUCACUUGAUUUCCUUUUUAUGAAUAAAGUGUUACC